UCAUUGGAGGUAGUUCAAAUUACGGUAAUGUAUGUGCAAAAUUUGUUAUUAAUUAAUUUAUCAACUAAAUUAAUCGAAAAGAAAGAAAAACAAUUUAGAUAAGUUUCUAAAUCGUUUAUUAAUAAACGGUGAAUGAUUGUUGUGUUGCUUAUUUUAAUUAAUAUCAAGUUUCAUAGAGGUUAGGUAAAUAUGAAUAGUAUUGGGACGGCCUGUAACGAUUUAAAAAAAGAAUAUGAUACAUGUUUUAAUACAUGGUUUGCUGAGCACUUUCUCAAGGGAAAUUCUGACGAUUCAAUGUGUGCUCCCAUGUUAAAAAUAUAUAAGGAAUGUGUGAAGAAAGCAAUGAAAGAACGUCAAAUUGAUGUUAAAGAGGUCGAAAAGGACAUCUUAGGGACCGAAAACGAGCGCAAAAUACCUGAGCAACAAGGAAGAUGACACUGGGUUUUUGGAAUUUGCAACUUUAUGUGCACCAACAAUUGGACUGAUAAAAAUCCUCAAUGUAUAACUAAUAAUAAGUGGAGAAGUAUUAGUGAUCAAAUUUCUGAUGAUCCAAUUACAGAUAUAUAAUGAUUAUUGAUGUUGUUACCAAAUAGUGAAGCAUUUAUUUAAUGUUACAUAGGCACAGUGUGAUGCAACAUGUUUUAACGUUUAAUUCUUUCCAUAUUCACAUCAGUCAAGGACACAUUUAGAAUAGGGAAAAAUAAAUUUUUAGCAUAA